CCCAUAUAAAUACUCUGCAUCGCCCAAUCGUUCUGGUUCUCAUCGCCCCACUCGUUCUGCGGUUUACUUACUUGGCUCUCAUAAAUCUCUCAUUCCCGGAAAACAUUACGAUCGAAUCAUAUCAUUAAAAAACCACUUUCCUUCAUCGUCUCCAAGUCUACUCUCCGUUUGCCAUUCGUCACUUGUGCUCUCUUCCCUCACAGUCCAAUAACCGGCGGCGAACGUUGGAGGGUUGAGAAUGAUCAUCAACGUUAAGGAGUCGAACAUGGUGCGACCGGCGGAGGAGACGCCGCAGAAGGGGCUGUGGAACGCCAACGUGGACCUGGUGGUGCCCAGAUUCCAUACUCCGAGUGUCUAUUUUUACAGACCGACUAGAGCCUCCAACUUCUUCGAUCCUCGAGUGCUCAAGGAGGCUCUGAGCAAGGCUCUUGUGCCGUUCUAUCCAAUGGCGGGAAGGCUAAGGCGCGAUGAGGAUGGUCGUAUUGAGAUCAAUUGCAAUGCUGAAGGUGUCCAAUUGAAUGUGGCUGAAACCAACUCUGUCAUUGAUGAUUUUGGUGAUUUUGCGCCCACUAUGGAGCUCAAGCAGCUCAUUCCAACUGUCGAUUAUUCUGGCGAUAUAGGGGCUUUUCCUCUCUUGGUGUUGCAGGUUACGUACUUUAAGUGUGGGGGAGUCUCGCUUGGUGUUGGCAUGCAACAUCAUGUGGCUGAUGGAUUUUCCGGUCUUCACUUUGUGAACACAUGGUCAGAUAUGGCUCGUGGUCUGGAGCUCACAAUUCCACCAUUCAUCGACCGCACCCUACUCCGAGCGCGGGACCCACCUCAGCCCCAAUUCCCUCAUAUUGAGUACCAACCACCUCCAUCCUUGAAAGCUCCUCUUCAAGCAACACCCCAGUCAGGUCCUGAAAGCACAGCUGUGGCCAUUUUCAAGUUGACCCGCAACCAGCUUGUCACCCUCAAAGGCAAGAGCAAGGAAAAUGGUAAUACUAUCAACUAUAGCUCAUAUGAGAUGUUGGCCAGUCAUGUAUGGAGGUCCGCGUGCAAGGCACGUGGCCUAGCUGACGAUCAGGAGACUAAAUUGUACAUUGCAACCGAUGGGCGGUCAAGAUUGCAACCUCCUCUGCUUCCCGGUUACUUUGGCAAUGUAAUCUUUACUGCCACACCAAUUGCUGUAGCCGGUGAUCUUCAAUCAAAACCAGCAUGGUACGCAGCAAGCCAGAUUCAUGACUCGUUGGCCAGGAUGGACAACGAUUACUUAAGGUCAGCCCUUGAUUACCUAGAGCUGCAACCUGACUUAUCAAAGCUUGUACGCGGAGCUCAUACUUUUAGGUGUCCGAAUCUCGGUAUAACUAGCUGGGUAAGGCUGCCAAUCCAUGAUGCAGAUUUUGGUUGGGGUCGGCCUAUUUUUAUGGAGCCUGGUGGGAUUGCUUACGAGGGGUUGUCAUUUAUCUUACCAAGUCCGACCAACGAUGGGAGCUUAUCCGUGGCCAUCUCUCUGCAAGCUGAACACAUGAAACUGUUUGAGAAGUACAUAUCUGACAUUUAAGAAGGUGAGCUUUUUGGGAAGCUCAUCAAUCCGCAAAGCGAAGCAGCAGCAGCAGGCUAGUUAGAGUAAAUCAGAAAUUUGUCUCUCUCUCUAUUCUGGUUCACUCUAAUCUCUUUACAUUGUUGCUGUCUCCUCGUAGGUCAUACCAACUGAAGUAAGCACACCCUUUCAACUUGUAUCACCAAUUUUAUACCACAAAGUUUAUUUUAUUUUUUUGUCUGGGAGUUUAUUUUAUUUUGUCUCAGUUUACUUGUUUAUUUAAAUCUUCAGAACAAUCUUACCUUCUUUUUCCUCGGA